AUGGAUUUUAACGAGAAAACAGUCUUCGUACUCAACCACACACAACACUUUUCGCAACCUUCAAGAGAUGAGAUAGUACUGGAAUCGGGCACUAAGACUACAACUUCCACGAAAGCUAUUUUCCGCAAAUCAUUGUGGACAAACACUACGGAUGCAGUGAUGCAGUAUUGCCGAGUGGUUUUCGACCUAUUCUCUCACGAAAAACCGAUUUCCAUCAUUACUUUUGACAGCGAAGAGAAAAUCCACAGUGUCUGGCUAGAAGAAGAUCAAAAUAUCGAGACGUUGUGGUCAAUCUUUACACAUGAGGGUCCUCCAAGGGAAUUGGCCUUGGACCUAAAAAACUGUACCGUCAUGCCGGGGCUUGAGACUGCAUGUAGUAUGCUGCAAAUGCUGAAACCAUCGCAGAAAGGCGGUCAAGUUGUUGAAAAUACUGGUCGGGUUGUAAUUAUAAGCGCCUAUAUGCGGUCUCAGAUCUCAUCCUGGAUUCCUGAUAUCCUGAAUUCUCUGAACGCACCAGUGAACAUGGCUGGCAACGCUAGCGUCUCAGCUAGCGAGUGGCUGUUUGUGGAUCUGGUCGCGGAUCCAGAGGCAAACUAUGAAGUACCACAGCCGAUCGAGGUAGACAACUUUACUCGUAUAUUUUUUAUCCAUCCCCCUCCUGGAGUCACUGGAAGCUCGACUCAUCGAUUCUUCUAUCACCAGUUACCUUCAAAUGGGACUGAUCUUUAUCGUGGCCUCAUGCGACUCGUCGAAUCACAUUACCAUUUGGCGAGCACUUUGGUCCAGGAUAUCCCGAUGAAAGAAGAAGCUAACACAAGUUCGAGUAGCACAAUGUAUGGAGUUGAGUUGUUGCAUCUGGCCGAGGUACACGAUCUCUUGCACCGUGCUGGCCUGGCGGAUCGAUUGUUUCUACGAUCCGACACCACAGAACAGGGAACAGUUUCCACCUUGCAGCGACCCAAUUCCGGGUUUUCCAAAACCUUGGGUAUCAAAUGGGUCACACCAAAGUCUGCCGAUGCAGCCCUCCUUCGUUACGCCAUCAGUGCCCACCGAGUCACCUUGGCCGAUGUUGGAAACCGCGCAUCCACUUGUCUGGCUCAAUUUGUUCUCGGAGGUCGUUCGGUUGCUUUGGCCCAUCGGUUACCGGUUAACUUUCCAUCUUUACCUGCUCCUUUGAAUGCAACCUCUCUUCCACCAUCAACGAACGAGGCACUUUUGUUGACCUGUCAUGGUUCCGUUAUGUACCUGCACACUCUAGCUACUAUCUGUCCCCUGGCACAUCCUGUUCACAAUCCACCAGUCAGCUCCCACACACCCCCAUCGGAUCUGCGUGUACAGUCCUUUGCAGAUCAAGUCAUACGACCAUCGCGUCUGGCACCCGCUUCGGCACAUCAGAAAUUCACUGUUGCUCCCCGCGAAAGAGCGCAACAACAUUUGGAACGGUCCACGCGGUACUGGCCAGUGGUCGAUUCAGAAACUCUAUUUGGUAGCAAUAAGCUAUCAUUGCCUCUGUACGAGCAUCUUUCGAAGGAGUACUUGGAACCGAGCGAAUCUGCUGCUUGUAUCCGAGCUAUAGACAAAUUGGUAAACGCGAUCAAAGAUAACGUUUCCCUCACGGAUACCCGAAAAGGUGCUCUAAAACGCUCUGCAGCACCUUUACCUGUAGCUCCGUCCGUCCAGGCUGAAGCAAUCGCACUGGCCCUGGAAGUUGACCACUUGUUGAAUGUGCAUUCAAAUAUCUCAUGUGAUCACAAAGAAAUUCAGCGUUAUUGGAAAGACGCAAUCGGAUCGUCAAAGACUUCCUCAGACUCGAAAGAAUCGUCGCUCGCUUUGACAGGAGCUGAGAGCUUUUCUGCACUUGAACUCCAUGAAAUGAUCUCAGUCGCUCGGCUCAUCGCUACGAGUCAGUCAACUAGUUGUGUGGACAAUGUUCCAGAUAGCUUGGUGAAAACUGUCCGAUCUCUCAAGACUCUUUGUGACAGCUUGAACAGUGGUACUAGCAACAACACAAUAACCAGCCGGCCGUCUGGCAAUCGGUCCGAUAAAAGACUCAAAACAGAAGCAUCGCAAUUUGCCUCAGAAGAAUCACUAAUUCUAGAACCCGUCAACCUAAACACUUUCUUGGAUUUGCUGCAACCAAUGAAACAAAAACAGUGUGGUGCCACAAAGCGUCCGGAGUUCGCUGGCGUAGCCACAGCGGAUGCAAAAGGACUUUGUCAGCUCUAUCGUGCCUUGCGAGAGAAGGAGAAAGAAUGAUCAACCAUCGUUUUGUACCUAAUAAUCAACUUGUUCCACAGCUCUUUACGUUUCUCUGCACGCGG